AAGAAAGAAGAGAAGAAAAACGGCAAAACCACAUUCCACCACCAACCUAUGAAGAAGUUUCAUCAAUGAUAAAUAUGAGUUGCUGUGAAUCUCCUGCCAGUCAAAGGGAUCGAUCUGCAUCCCCGACUUGGAGAAAUCUCACCAGAAGAGACGAAACUACUAAUCGAGAUAAUGUAAGUAAUGUAAAUGAUGCGGAUGGGAAUUCAGGCCAUAACACUAAUGAU